AUGGAUGACCUUUAUGAUGAGUUCGGAAAUUUCAUCGGGGAGGAUGCCGAAGCAUCUGAAGAAGAAUCCCAGCAUGGCGUUGACGCGGGCGCGUAUCUCGAUGACGAAUAUCCCGAGGAGGCGCCUGAAGUUACAGGGCAGGAAUUAAUGGAAGUAGAUAAUGAAGGGCCCUCGAAUGCGGUGAUAUUACAUGAAGACAAGCAAUAUUACCCGACGGCGCAACAAGUAUACGGAGCAGACGUCGAAACGUUAGUGCAAGAGGAGGAUGCACAGCCGCUCUCACAACCGAUCGUUGCACCUGUCGAGGUGAAGAAGUUUUCUAUCGAAGAGGUCGACCUUCCUCCCGUCCAUUUCGACCGUAAUUUCAUGACCGAUCUUAUGAACUUUCCCGAUCAAAUACGGAAUGUAGCUCUAGCAGGGGAUUUACAUCAUGGCAAGACCGCGUUUAUGGAUAUGCUAGUCCUCGAGACGCAUGAUAUAUCCGACAGGCUAGAAAAGCGAACGGGUAGAAAGAGAGACGAGCAACUACGAUAUACUGAUACGCACGUAGUAGAGAGGGAAAGGGGCCUUUCCGUAAAGGCGGCACCAAUGAGCUUAGUCUUACAGAGCACUAAGGGCAAGUCUCACUUGUUCAAUAUAAUAGAUACCCCAGGUCACGUUAAUUUCGUCGACGAGGUUGCAGCGGCGUUGAGGCUGGUGGAUGGCGUUGCGCUGGUCGUGGAUGUAGUGGAAGGAGUACAGGUCAACACGGAGCAGAUCAUCAAGCAUGCCGUUCUCGAAGAUAUUCCGAUGACCUUAAUAAUCAACAAGGUCGAUAGGCUUAUACUAGAACUAAGACUGCCACCGAGCGAUGCUUAUUUCAAGCUAAAACACGUUAUCGAGGAGGUGAAUACAGUCAUCGAAAAUACUCGACCAGGCUCCGGAGAUCAGAAGCGGUUAAGUCCAGAGAAGGGGAACGUGCUAUUCGCGUGUAGCGAGAUGGGCUGGUGCUUUACGCUGCAGUCCUUCUCAAAGAUGUACGCGGAUAGUUUCCCCGGUGUGAAUACCGAGGAAUUCGCCAAACGCCUCUGGGGUGAUAUCUACUUUAAUCCGAAGAAGAGAACAUUCAGCAGGAAACCUUUGCCCGGCGAGGAGCGCGCAAAGAGAUCGUUUAUUCACUUCGUCUUAGAGCCUAUCUAUAAGGUUUUCUCCCAUACUAUCAGCCAGAGCCCCGAAGAACUGAAGAGUGUACUGGCGACGCUAGGCAUAGUACUAAAGCCGUCACAGUACAAGACGGAUGCUAAGGUGCUGCUUAAGCUGGUUUGUGAACAGUUCUUCGGCCCGUCAACUGGCUUCGUCGAUAUGAUUGUCAAGAAUGUUCCAUCUCCGUUGGAAGCAGCGGAACGCAAGUUGGAGCAGUAUUAUACCGGCCCCUUAGACACCAAGGUAGCCGAAUCUAUGAAGAAGUGCGACCAAGAUGGCCCAUUGGUUGUACACAUCACAAAGCUAUUCAAUUCUUCAGAUGCAAAGAGUUUCUACUCGUUUGGCCGGGUGAUGAGUGGUAUUGCUCGACCUGGAAUGCAAGUGCGAGUGCUCGGGGAGGGUUAUUCCAUCGACGAUGAGGAGGAUAUGGCUACGGCUACUAUUUCCAACGUCUACAUCGCUGAGACGCGAUACAAUGUCGAAACCAACGGAGUCCCCGCUGGUAACUGGGUGCUACUAAGCGGCGUUGACAAUUCGAUCGUGAAGUCGGCGACAAUAGUACCACCGAAACUCGAGGAUGAUGAGGAAGCCUACAUCUUCAGACCGGUCACGCAUUUCACAGAAUCGGUUCUGAAGGUGGCAGUCGAGCCCAUCAACCCUUCGGAGCUACCCAAGAUGCUUGACGGCUUACGAAAAAUUAACAAAAGCUACCCUCUGAUCACUACCAAGGUAGAAGAAUCGGGCGAGCACAUCAUUUUAGGUACUGGCGAACUGUAUAUGGACUGUGUUCUCCACGACCUACGACGGUUGUACGCAGAUAUGGAAAUCAAGGUUUCGGAUCCCGUCACGCGCUUCUGCGAGACAGUAGACGAGAUGUCAGCUACCAAAUGCUACGCCAUUACACCGAACAAGAAGAAUAAGAUUACUAUGGUCGCCGAGCCGCUCGACGACGGAAUCGCGGAAGAUAUAGAGAGCGGCCGCGUCAAGAUGCAAGACGGUGCCCGAAAAGUGGGCAAAUUCUUCCAGGACAAGUACGGAUGGGAUCUGCUGGCCGCGAGGAGCAUUUGGGCAUUCGGCCCGGAUGAGAAGGGACCUAAUAUCUUGCAGGACGACACACUCGAGGUGGAUAAGACGCUUCUCAGGAGCGUGCGCGAGACUAUUCGCCAAGGGUUUAGUUGGGCUACCAGAGAAGGCCCUCUAUGUGAAGAACCGAUCCGCAACACCAAGUUUCGUAUCAUGGACGUAUCCCUAGCACAGGAGGCAAUCUUCAGGGGUGGCGGUCAGAUCAUUCCAACUGCGCGACGCACGUGCUACAGCUCAUUCCUCAUGGCAUCGCCGCGCCUUAUGGAACCUUUGUAUGCGUGCUCGAUGACAGGUCCCCAAGAUGCCGUCCCCGUGCUAUACAAUGUUCUAGCUCGCAGAAGAGGCCACGUGCUAUCGGACGGUCCGAUCGCAGGUACACCACUAUACCGCGUCAGUGGUCUAAUUCCGGUGAUCGACUCGUUCGGCUUCGAAACGGACGUUCGCAUCCAGACGCAAGGCCAGGCCAUGGUGAGCCUCGUCUUCGACAAGUGGCAGAAGGUGCCUGGCGAUCCGCUCGAUAAGGAGGUAGUGUUGCGACCCCUACAACCCGCUGAUGCCCAGGCUACGGCUAGAGACUUCGUACUCAAGACCAGGAGGCGCAAGGGUCUCAGCGAGGAUGUAAGCGUGGCGAAAUUCCUCGAGCCCGAGUUCUAUCAAAGUCUCAUGGAGAGCGGCACGCUUGGUAGUCCAUGA